CUCUAGUAUUUUUUUUUUCCAAUCUUCAAAUCCUAUCGCGAAGAGAGCUCUUGCAGGAACAACAAUCAAUCAAAUAUAUUCAGCCUGCAACCAUGCCUCUCUUCGUUCUUGCUGAGACGCCUGCGGGCUACGGCCUGUUCAAGGCUAAGGACAAGAAGUUGUUGUCACGAGACGAUGUUAGCAAGCAGCUUUCAAGCGCUGAGGCAAUUAAUUCCAUGCUAUCACUCAAGAAGAUGGUCAAGUUCGAAGAUUCGGCACAGGCUCUAGGCGAAUACACUGCCUUAACAGAGGGAAAAGUCACCCCGAUGUUACAAAACCUACUUAACGACAUCAAGGAGGAACGAAAAGCGUCUCUUGCCGUCGCUGACCCGAAACUGGGUGCCGCUAUUAAUGUCCUACCCGAGUUGAGCAUUACACCAGUAUCCGAUUCAACUACCAAUGACCUCUUCCGAGCAGUCAAGACUUAUCUUCCCGAACUUUUCCCCGAGUUGGACAACGAUUAUCUUGGAAAUAUGGCCCUCGCCCUAUCCCAUUCCAUCUCUCGCCACAAGCUCAAGUUCUCACCCGAUAAGGUGGAUGUUAUGAUUGUUCAGGCUAUCAAACUUCUUGAUGAUUUGGACAAGGAAUUGAACAACUAUGCUAUGCGUGUCAAGGAGUGGUAUGGAUGGCAUUUCCCUGAGUUGGAUCGCAUCGUUCAGGACAAUCUCGCUUAUGCCCGCAUCAUUAUGUGCAUGGGAACCCGAGAAAAUGCUUCCAGCACGGACUUCUCCGAGAUUCUACCCGAAGAUAUUGAGGCUCGAGUGAAGGCUGCUGCUGAAGUUAGUAUGGGUACUGAAAUUCUCGAAUUUGAUCUUGAGAACAUCAAGCUCCUCGCCGAGCAGGUGAUCAGCUUCACCGAGUACAGACAGCAGCUCUCCCAGUACCUUACAUCGCGCAUGAAGGCGAUUGCCCCUAACCUAACAGAACUUCUUGGGGAGUUGGUUGGUGCUCGUCUCAUCGCGCACGCCGGUUCCCUGAUGAAGUUAGCCAAGAGUCCUGGUAGCACCAUCCAGAUUUUAGGUGCGGAGAAGGCUCUUUUCCGCGCUCUCAAGACCAAACACGACACACCCAAGUAUGGUCUUAUCUACCACUCAUCUCUAGUGGGGCAAGCCACCGGCAAGAACAAGGGAAAGAUCGCCCGUACGCUAUCUGCCAAGGCCGCCCUAUGUCUACGUGUCGAUGCGCUCUCUGAGCUCAGCACUGAGGGUGCCGAUGGUGAAGAUAUUCCGAUGGAUGACGAGGAGAGAGCCGACAUGGGUAUUCGACUACGUGCAGUACUUGAGGAUAAGCUACGAAGAAUGGAAGGAAAACCAUUGUUAUCCAAGGGCACCAAGAUUGGACCGAAUGGUGCCACUCCUUCCAAGUUCGAAGUCAAGCCGACACGAAACUACAAUGCCGACGCGGAUGCCGUCUCUGCCUCUGCUAAGAAGACGCCUAGCAAGCCUUUAAUACAAGAGGUUGAAGACACUCCGAUGGGGGGCGCGGACAGCGAAUCGGAGGAAGAGGAUUCAGAUGUCGAGAUGGACGAGGCUGAAGAUGCUAAUAAACUCGUAGCCAAGCCAAAGGAAAAGACACCAAAGAAAAAGGAAUCAAAGAAGAGCAAGAAGGCCACAAAUGGCGAAUCUACUCCCAAGACACCCGCUAAACUAUCAGAUGCCGACUACUCCCGGCUAGCUGAGGAGGCUGGCAUCUCGGUCACCAAGUUCAAGCGAAAGUACGAGCGUGGUGACGUCAAGAUGGCCUCCGAUGGAACACCGCAGGUCGUCAGCAAGAAGGAGUUAAAGAAGCAGAAGAAAGCGGAAGCCAAGGCCGCCGAGGCCGAGGUCGAAGUUGAAGCCGAGAAGCCCAGUAAGAAGCGAAAGCACGCGGACGAAGGAGAGAAGAAGAACAAGAAAAAGUCGAAGAAGGAGAAGUCCGCGUAAACGGGAUCGUUCUCGAUAAUACCCUUCUUCCUCUGUACCAUACUCGUCAGGAAAAGUGAUCGCGAUUGCUUCAAAUCAUAGGGGUCGGCGUUCCGGGUGGUCAUACCAGGGUUUAAGUUUAAGUGACGUUUUGUCGGAGUUGGUUCAAUGCAAUGCAAUGGCUCCUUAGGUCGUGGAGCUAGAUACGGUAGCUAGAUUCAGAUAUCUUGCUAUCUAUCGUCAAGACAGUUUUGCAGUUCU